AUGCGCAGGGGGCGCUUGGUGGACUACGCGCAGUCCCUGCGCGAGAUCGCGGAGCGCGGCGAGAUCGGCGACUAUUGGCAGGUGAACGCGUUUCUCAAGGGCAUGAGCAGCGUGGCGGGGCGACGCAGAUCAGUAGACGACGACGCGAGGUGCCCGGCCAAGACGCUGAAGGUCGAGGGCGUGUACGGGGGAGCGGCGGGUCAGAACGGUAGCUACGGCAACCCUGCGCUCGCCACGCGCGAGGGCCGCAUGCGCAACCACGAGCGGGAUGGCUACGAAGGAGGCGAUACGUCAGCCGGGAGCGCGGCGGUGACGGUGAUGCCCUCGGCAACGAACCCGAUGGGAAAGAAGGAGGACACGAACGGCCGGAACGGUAUGACGGGCAGCGUGGACAGCAGCGUGACGAACCGGCGUGUGGUGUCCGACACCCGCGUCGUGCUGCGUGAGUGCGGGUUCGACACCCGUGGCGAGCUGAGCAAGGCGGAAGUGGCAGCAUUGGUGACGAAACAGCUGGACGCAUGGGUGGCUGCGCAGGAUGCCACAGACGACGCCCGCGGUGAUGAAGCGACACCGGACAAGCUGCUCUGGCGGAGGAAGCCCGUGUGA